AUGGAUCACACAUCACUACUCAUUCUUACAACAGCCCUCUUCAUCAUAAUAUCCAUCUCCUCCACACCCUGCACUUCCUCCCACGACCCGUGCCCGUUCUCCAAACCCGGCCCGGACCUCUCCAUCAUCCACAUUUACGGCAAAUGCUCCCCCUUCGACCCGCCCAAGCCCGACUCCUCGUGGCCCACCACAAUCCUCAACAUGGCCACCAAAAACGACCCAAAACGAAUCUCCUACCUAUCCAGCCUGGCGACGGCCCAGAACAAGCCCACAUCCGCCCCAAUCGCCCCUGGCCACGUCAUAAACGUCGGCAACUACGUCGUCCGGGCCCGAAUUGGCACUCCGGGCCAGCUCAUGUUCAUGGUCCUCGACACGAGCAACGACGCCGCGUGGGUCCCGUGCGCCAACUGCACGGGCUGCUCGUCAAAUUACUCUUUCGCCCCCAACACGUCCUCCACUUACGGGCCCGUCGACUGCUCCGGGCCCGAAUGCGCCCAAGCUAGCGGGCUCUCGUGCCCGGCCGCCGGCCCCGGCCCGUGCCUCUUCAACCGAACCUACGGCGGUGACUCCUCGUUCUCCGCCACCCUGGCGCGCGACUCGUUUUCCCUCGGCAACGACGUGAUUCCCGACUACGCGUUCGGGUGCGUGGGCUCGGUUUCGGGCUCGUCGGUCCCGGCCCAGGGUUUGUUGGGCCUGGGCCGUGGCUCCUUGUCGCUGUUGGCCCAAUCAGGAGCCCGUUACUCCGGGAUUUUUUCGUACUGCUUGCCGAGCUUCAAGUCGUAUUAUUUCUCGGGCUCGUUGAGGCUCGGCCCGUUGGGCCAGCCCAAGAGCAUCAAGACUACGCCGCUUCUGAAAAACCCACACCGACCCUCGCUUUACUAUGUUAAUCUGACGGGCGUUAGUGUGGGUCGGGUUAAUGUGCCUGUGGACCCCACGCUUUUGGAUUUUGACCCGAAUACUGGGGCGGGGACGAUUAUUGAUUCGGGCACGGUGAUAACGCGGUUUGUUCGGCCCGUUUAUGAUUUGGUCAGGGAUGAGUUCAGGAGGCAGGUGAAGGGCCCGUUUAGUUCGUUGGGGGCUUUCGACACUUGCUUUGCGGCCACGAACGAUGAGCUGGCGCCGGUGAUCACGUUUCGUUUUACGGGGAUGGAUUUGAAGUUACCGACGGAGAACAGCUUGAUACACAGCAGCUCGGGGUCGUUGGCUUGUUUGGCGAUGGCGGCUGCGCCGGAUAAUGUGAACUCGGUGCUCAAUGUGAUUGCGAAUUUGCAGCAGCAGAAUCUGAGGAUCGUGUUUGAUACGGUUAACUCUCGUUUGGGGAUUGCUCGGGAAGUUUGUAAUUAG